AUUUGAUGCGCUGCAUAACCGGCUUCGUCGUCGACUAGUUUUCGACUCAAGAACGGACACCGUCAAACAGAGAGGUCUGUUCCGCUCCCCAAACCGUCUUGUCCUCCGGCAGCAACAGCUAACAGCAGCAGCCCAAGGCCAAGAGGCAAGAGUCUUUGUUACAUAACGCGUCCGGAGCAGUCUACCUAUCGCUCGCCGCGCACCCAAACACUGGGCGAAUGCAGCAGCGCAAACAAGCAAGCUAAAAAGAAGGGCUCCAGUUCUGUUCGUGGAACAACCGGUGUAUUUCCUGCUCGGGCAGAAGUUGCUCACGCACCGUUCACCUUCUCGAUCUCCCGUGGCUGAACAAAACCAAUAACCGGAGAGUACGUGUAGAUCUAGCAGGUCUUUGGUUUCAGCCGGAGAAAGAGCGCAAGAAGAUGAACAAUAACAUAGUGACACUUCGCCUAGUACCGGUAGCUGGUGGAGUAGGCCAGCAUAACAACAACAAUGGCAUUCUGGCAGGGCAAGCUGUACCCAACGCGGCCGUCAACGUCAACAUGGUUGGUCAAGCAGGUCAGCCUGCGCUCCCGCCUGCAUUACCGGCUCCGUUCGCGCCCCUUGCAAUGCAAGCAGCGUAUCCCCAACAGGUACCAGCAGGCAAUGGAAUAGUCGCUCCGCCUAUGCACCAGCAGCACAUCAACAAUGGCAUUCUGGCAGGGCAAGCUGUACCCAACGCGGCCGGCAACGACGUCAACAGGGUUGGUCCAGCAGGUCAGCCUGCGCUCCUGGCACUCCCGCCUGCGCUGCCGGCUGCGCUUGCGCCCGCACUUGCACCUGCGGCUCCGUUCGCGCCCCUUGCAAUGCAAGUUUCGCCUCGGCAACCCCUGCCCGCUCACCAUGCCAGCACACACCACCCUUCGACCAGGUGCGCUGAAUGCGACCUAUUUAUGUACAGUGCUAGGUACAUUAACCAGCACGUGACGCACCUGUGCCCAGCACUUGGACGUGGUCGGCCGAUGGUGAUCGAGUGCACGGCAUGCGGCGGCUGCUUCAACGGGUACGAGGCGCUUCACAAUCACCUCAGCGGCGGAGUGGACGACGGUACCUACUGCUGUCCAACGGAGCACGCCAAAUUUUACGUGUGUCGUCAGCCGCAGUGCGACUUCACGGCCUCUGACAAUGAGGAUUUCGCCAACCAUAUCCAAGAACAACACCAGCACCGCCAGGUCAACCAGGCGUGAUGUGAAGACUUACCUGCUGCCCGAAAUGCGGCUGCUAACUAACUUACAGGUCCGACAUGCCAACAGUCCAGUAUUGUUCUAGUCACAAUGGUAUUGUGCUGGCCGACAUGCCAGCCGUCUACUAUUGUGCUACUGCUAGCGACCGGUACGGUGGUCUAGUGACCAGUGGUCUAGUUUUGUGCUACUGCUAACGACCGGUGGUCUAGUGACCAGUGGUCUAGUUUUGUGCUACUGCUAACGACCCGUGGUCUAGUUUUGUGCUACUGCUAACGACCCGUGGUCUAGUGACCAUUGGUCUAGUAUUGCGCUAGCGACCGUGGUCUAGUCACGGUAGGGCUACUUGCUGCUGCAUCAUCGCAUGCCAUCAAUGUGCUGCAUGCGUAGUAUUGUCAUAAAAAUUACGCGGUAUUGUAUAGUUGUAUAGUUUCAUAGUCUGGUCUCCAGUAUAAUAGUCUUGUGUAUCUGUAUUAAUUUUAUAAUAGUCAUAUCAGUCCUGUUGAAGUGGCCAGGAUUCUUAUGUAUUAGCCCUGUUUGAGCUGUAAUAGGA